AUGGCGAAUGUCGUCGCAAUCCAAGCCGCGAUUGCCCAAGAAGCCCAGGCAGUACUCGACUACAUCGAGCGCCGCGAGAUUACCCCCUCGCAAGCCACCCGCCGUAUCCUCGACAUCGCCGACCGUCACACCAACCGUCGGGCUGAUGUCACCCCCGACCAGUACGAUACAGUCGUCAAAUGGUACCUUGAAACCAUUGACCGGGUGGUGGCACAACACCAUGAAGCCGACCAACGCGCCCGUGAACGUGAGCGCGCAGCAUCGCCCCGGCGCGAACGCGCACGCAGCCGGGCGCGCACCCCGUCCCCCGGGCCAGAACCUGCGGAUCCGCGCGGACGCAAACGCGCAAGAAGUGCCUCCCCGGGUUCCGAUGCAGGAGCAGACGUGCGGACUACCAAGCUCGAGUUCUCGUAUGCCCAGCUCCCCUUCGGUCGGGCCGCAGGAAAGCUCGCGCGCGCUUUCGAGGAUCCGCACCUCCAGAAGACCUAUCAGCUCAAGGCCAACUAUCUCGCAGACCUCGCCGCGGCCCGUAUCGAGCUCUUCCUCGACCCCGAUACCCCGCCUCUGCCCGAGCAGCUCUGGAACAACAUCCUGCGCAACCAGUAUGUCGACCUCGACUCCAUUUUCACCGGGUAUUACGCCACCAACGGUGAUGCCCGCGGCACCGAGAAGCUCGGGGACUUCGAGGUGGUCUCGCAGAGCAGCAAACCCAGUCGCCGCGUCACCACGCAAAGUGAUUGGAUCCUCGCCUUCGAGCUGUACCGCGAGGCGGUCGUCCACGCCUACCCACACCGCAGGGGCGAGCUCUCAACAUACCAACGCUACGUCUCCCGCCUUUUCGCGGCCACGCCAGGAUACCCCGAGCGCGUCAUCUCGUUCGACCGCGCGGUUCGCACCCGGUCCGGACGGGACAGCAGCCUCCUUCUCUCCAACAACUCCAGCUUCGACGACCUCCUCACGCUGCACGUCACCGGACCUAGCGCGGGAGGCUCAUCUUCGCGCAACGCUCCAAAGCCGCAAGCACGCGGCAGCGGAAGCGGCAGUGGCAGCAGCGGGGGACGCAACCCCGAACCCUGCAUCCGACACAACGAGGGCCGGUGCAAUAACGGCAGCAACUGUCGCUACGCCCACGUCUGCUCGGAUUGUCGAUCCAACCGCCACGUCGCGUCCGACUACGAAAUCGACAACCGCGGGCCGCGCCUGUUCCGCCGGUUCUUGUGGGAGCAAGACUCCUCCCUUGCCGCGUACCGCACCCCCUGCGCCUCGGCAACCGAGACAGCAGACCCGCUGCCGUCGCCACCCCUAGAGGUCCUGAACGAUCCGGUGGCUCGCGGCACCAUAGAGAGGAACCCGCACUUGUUCGCCAUUGUCACCCCGAUUCAUGUGCCCGCCUUCGAACGUGCUUUGCGCACGCACCCUAAUCGACCCUUCGUGGAUUCCGUCAUCCGAGGGUUGAAGGAGGGAUUCUGGCCGCAUACGGAGGGUUACGACCAGCGGCCGCUCACCCGCGACUACCCGCAACACGAGCUCGCGCCGAAAGAGCUCGCCUUCGCCAAAGCACAGGCUCAAGCCGAGGAAGACGCCCUACGGUUCUCCCCCCCAUUCGACGACCUUGAACCAGGCAUGAUCAAUGUGCCGGUUCACGUCGUCCCCAAGAAAGCCGCCAACUCGUUCCGCCUUGUCGUCGACCAUUCCCUGGGCGAAUUCGCGCCGAACUCGUUCAUACCCAAACACGCCGGCCGCGCCGUACUCGACAGUGUCCAGGAUCUGGGCCACAAUAUGCUCACCUUCCGAAAGCACUACGGAGGCCUACCGUUGCGCCUCUUCAAAUCCGACGUCGCCAAAGCAUACCGCUGCAUGCCGAUGCACCCAUUCUGGCAGAUCGGGCAGGUGGUCACCAUCGAUGGACGAAGACGUGUCGACCGCUGCAACAAUUUCGGCGGGCGCGAAUCCGGUGUCAUUUUUGGCGCCUUCAUGGGACUGGUCCUGUGGAUCGCUCGUGAGCGUGGCAUCGAAGCCCUGAAUGCUUUCGUCGACGACAACUUCUCCUUUGAUGCCUCGGGCGAACUUGAGUGGUAUGCACCGUACAAGGCCUAUUUCCCGCCCAAGCAAGUUGCCCUCUUGCGAUUGUGGGACGAACUGGGCAUACCUCACGAGUUCCCCAAGCAGGAGCAUGGCUCCGCGCUGCCCAUCACCGGCAUUCUGGUCGACGCAGAAGCUAUGACCCUGUCGCUCGACGCCGAAGCACGGUGCGACUUCGCAGCAGCCGUCACGUCCUUCCUCGCCACACCCUCGCGCGCCCCUCCCCUUGUUGCCUGGGAAAGACUGAUCGGCUGGGCCAACUGGGCUAUCAACGUCGCCCCACUCCUCAGGCCCGCUCUAUCAUCCUCCUAUGCAAAGACCAGCGGCAAGACACACCGCAACGCCCCAGUCCCUAUCAACAGUUCCGUGGCUCGAGAUCUCCGGUGGCUAGCCGAUACCCUGACCUCCCCUCGCUGGGAUGGCAUCUCGCUCGUCACGGCCCGCCUCUGGUCCCCCGAGCAGGCGGAUCUCGUAUUGUACUGCGACGCCUCCACGUCUGUCGGUAUGGGUUUCUGGUGCCCGAGCAGAAAUUUGGGUUUUGCGGCGGAAAAUGAACCCGCCCCCGCAGGCGCGGAGACCAUCUUCUGGUUCGAAGCUCUCACUGUACUGCGCGCUCUCGCAUGGGCGGGUCGCGAGCGGUCGCCGCCCACGCGCCUUGCUAUCUACACCGACAAUCUCAACUCAGUGCAAAUCUUCAACUCAUUCAAGGCAACUGGCGCAUACAACGACAUUCUGCUUCUCGCCGCCCAAAUCCUCCUCGAAACACGCAUCGACCUGCGCGUCUUCCACGUACCCGGUGUUCACAACACUGUCGCCGACUGCCUCUCGCGCGGUCUCUUCGAAACUGCCCUGGGCCAUGCCCCCUACCUCCGCAUUCACGCGAUUCCAACCCCACGACGCACGCUGGGGGUGGCGUCAUGUUAG